AUGGAAGCUCGAGCAGGUCCCGUGCUGAUUUGGUCCCUCCCGGACUUGAAGGACUCUCCCGACGAGCUCCCCGCACCAACGCUUGCUCGGCCCAGCGUUUCGCUGAAGUCGGUCUCUUGCAGCGGAAGUCUCGUGACCUUUGCCACCACAGAGGGCCAGCUGUAUUUGCUGGAUGCUGCCGGAGACGAUGCCCCACGCCUGGUGGAGGCCCUCAGGAGCAAAGAUGUGGCCAGUGCCGCCUGCAGUCCAAGCGGUAUGGUCCUGGUCGUCACCUCCGCAGGCUCCAUCUACAAGCUGAACAGUCCUGCUGGCGUCCAGGAGAAAGCCGCCCAGGGCAAUGAGAAAGCCGCUGCUCUUAUGGCCGCUUCUAUGCUGGCAGCCUUUGGCCGACUCGAGCAAUUGCCGCUGCCGGUUCAGAUCACUCGCGCCGCUUGCGGGAGGGAGCAUUCCCUGCUCCUCAGUCUUCAAGGCCUCGUCUUCUCUUUCGGCGAGGGACCACGUGGGCAGCUUGGUUUGGGCAACGUGCAGAGCGCAUCGACACCCACCUGCUUGGAGGCUCUGGCCCACCUGCAAGCCUCGGACAUUGCUGCCGGAAGUGCUCACAGCUGCACGGUGACCACAUUCGGCAAUGUCUUCACUUGGGGUGACAACCGGACGGGCCAGCUGGGAGACGGCACCCAGACUGGCCGAGACGUCCCUGGCCUUGUUGGUGACAUACCGGGAGCGACAGCUGUGGCUGCGGCAGAGGCUUCUGCAGUGCUUGCGAAGAAUGGCAGCUUGUGGGCAUGGGGGUUCGCUGGCAUUCACCAACCACAGCACGUUUUCCUGGGCCACCGCUCGGCAAGGAGUCUGGCGUUGUCGAGCCAGGUGCUUUGCUGCUGCACCGUGUCUGGCGAGCUGCUGAUGGUGAAUCUCGCAAACGCAGCACCUGGAGCCUCCAGCCAUCAACUCUUCGAGGAGGCUUGGCUCGCUCAUGAUGGCGUAAGGUUUGCGGCGGCGUCCUCCAGCUGUGUCGUGGCGCUGUGCCAGGACGAGGUGCCGGAGCGUCCCAAAGUCCCGAGCUCGACACCCGCGAGACCGGCUCCGGAAGCCUUGCCUGGAGGACGCUCGACAUCAGCCCGGGAAGCGGAGCUUGCGGCUGCCAACCAGCGGCUUGAGCGAACGAUUGAUGAGCUGUGCGCUGAGCACUUCCUCGAGAUCAGCGGGCUUCGGGGCACCUCCCAGGGCCUCCGCAGCGAACCUGGAAGGAUCCUUAGCGGAAGCUCCGAGACCAGCCAAGUACGAGACGAUGAGAGGAAGGCCAAGCUGCUGGAAUGCCAGAGCCUGCACGAGGAGCUGGAGCAGCUGAUGGCUGCCAUCACGCGAGAGCUUCCAGAGCAGGAUCCGAUGAAGAAACCUUUGGCUCAGGCUCCGGCGUCCGUACUCUCCAGAGGGGUGCGGCAAGUCUCACAGGCCAGCAUCAAGAGCCUCAGCUCCAAGCACGCUAUGCUCGCGGAGGAAACCCAGCAGCUCGCGGCGGAGAGUGAAGCACUCAAGGCCGAAGUGCAGCAGAUGCAGGCAGAGCUCCAAGCCGGCACAAGCCGCCUCCAGCGCGUGGAGGAGGCGACCCGGCUUGCGCGAGGGGUU